GAAGCUGUCUUGGCCGAAUUGCCAAAGCCAUGCAGCGCAAGUUGGUACCUUGACUGUACCUUGCAGCAUGGGGAUAAGAUAAAGCCUUUAUCGAUAAGAAUUUCCCCAGACCAAGCAAGCUAUCUACCUAGGUAGCAGUCAUACUCAGGUAGCAGCGCGACUGGGAAAGCGGCCUCUCCAGCUUCUCGACUGACAUAGCAACUCUCAGCAAAUACACAAAAAGCUCUUACGCGCAUGCGAUAACUAUGAGUUCAUUCGCAUCCAAGAGAAAGGGGCGCAAGAUCACAGUCCAGGACGACGAGGAGACCCCUUCAAUCGAGUCUUUAAACCCCACACCCGAGCCUCAAGAGCCUGCACUCCAACCCACAUUCAAGAGUCGCAAACCAUUCAAGCAAUCUUCACUACGGAAAAGCAUUAACAUCAACGACGAAGCUUCUAAAGAAGACACCAAUACUUCAAAUAUCGCAGGCGAAUCUGAAGACCAAGAAGAUGGCGGCGCGCCAGUACGGACACAACCUUCAACUUCCAGACCAGGGCUCGCAAAGUCCAAAAAGCGGCAAUCCAGCUCGAGGCUUUCUUUUGGGCCGAGUGAAACGGCAGCAGAUGAUGACGAUUCCAUGGUUCUAGGCGGAGAGGUAUUCACGCCUAAAAAGCCCGGUCUCGCUGCGUCCGCAGCUGAGAACAGCGCAUACAAAAAGGGCAUAUCGAAGAACUUGCCUCUCAACCGACUACCCAUGCGAUCAAUGGAGGAUGACGAUGACCGGCCCAGAUAUAGCAAAGAAUAUCUCUCCGAGCUACAGUCUUCAACUCCUAAUGCACCGCAAGAUCUUUCCAAGCUACAGAUAGUUGAUGAUGAGAUGUCACUUGACCCUUCCGAACUGGAAGGCGCGAUGAUCGUCGAAGAAACUCCAUCCACAUCAUUAACAACCAAUCCUUCGACGACAGCAGCCCCAGCCGUGUUGACAGAAGCCGAGAUCCGCGAGAAGAAGGAGAGGCGGUCACGUCUAGCGAAGCAGAAGGGAAAUCGCGACACAGAAGAUUUCAUCUCACUGUCCGACGACGAAAACGACGAGCGGCGCGCAGGCGAUUCUUACUUAACAUUGUUAUCGCGGAAGAGCAAUACCAAAUCAGAUACGCGGCUCGUGGCUGAGGACGAGGAUCUCGGCGAGGGCUUUGAUGAGUUCGUAGAGGACGGUGGUUUAUCACUAGGUAGAAAGGCAGAGCGCGAGGCGCGCAAGCGACAUCAUGCUGAGAUGGCGUCGUUGAUAUCUGCCGCCGAAGGCGCGGGGUCAGAUGGCGAGGCGGCCUCGGACGAUUCUGAAGCUGAGCGCAGGGCAGCAUUCGAAGCGGCGCAGACACGCGCCGGCAUGGACGGGCUGGCCGAAGAACGUGCGCAGCAGCGAAAGAGAUUAGGCGUACGCGAAGGCGUGGUCCCCGUGCCGCCUAAAAUUACGCCUCUUCCAGAUCUCAGCGUGCUCGCGGAGGAAUUCCAAGCUCGCAUGCGGCAGAAAGAAGCCGGCUUAAUACGAAUGCGCGCGCACAUAGCCCAGAUCAAAACCGAGCGCGAAGACGUACUGAAGAGGCAACCAGAAGUGCAGACAUUACUUAAUGAAGCCGGUGAACGAUACCGUGCCCUCAUGAUGCCUGGUGCUGGACCUACUGAGAAUGGUCAAGCCGACGGCGAAAUGCAAGCAGGGAGCAAUGGAAUUGGAAAUGGCGAUAGCACUAUUACGGCGGCGAGGACUUUGUUAGAUCAAUUCAGAGAUGGUCCCGGAACCCCUGGGGAGAGGGGUCUAGAAAGUCUGGGUACAACACCCGUGAAGCAGACGCAGAUGGAAUGAAUGAAUUAUGAUACCCCUCUUGAUGUACACAUCUUGCUAGAAUAGAUGUAAAGCGUCAUAACCAAGAAUAAAAUCACGGAUAAUUGUUAGAGACACCCAU